UUUCUCAACAUAACCUAUGUUGCUAAUAGAAAAAUAUCUUACACGUAACAUGUAAAAAAUACUUUUAAUAUUUUGUACACGAUUUAUAAUUUUAAAUUUAAAGAAAAUAAAAAUAAAAAAAAUACAAUGGGAAUUCCUGGCUUAACCACUUAUAUAAACAAUCAUUCAGAUCGUUAUUUGGAAUAUUAUGAAUUACAAAAUUCAUAUUUAGUAAUUGAUGGAAAUAGUGUCUGUUGUUCAAUAUAUAAUUUAUAUGCAAAGUGUAAUUGUGCAUUUGGUGGUGAUUACGAUAAUUAUGCACAAUGUAUAUCAAAUUUCUUUGACGAUUUAUUAAAAUGUAAUGUGACACCUUUAGUUUUAAUUGAUGGCGGCAAUGAAGACAAAAAAUUUAAAACUACUAUAAGAAGGACUAAAGAGAAAAUUCGUAUUGCAUGCUCGUUUUGUCCACUUAGUCAAAAGAAAAUGAAAUUUUUUCCUUUAUUAAUACGAGAAGUUUUUAAAGAAAUAAUGACAGAAAAAAAUAUUCGACAUGUACAAUGUUUAUUUGAAGCUGAUAAUCAUAUAGCAGCAGUAGCAAGAAUCUUGAAUUGUCCAGUACUUAGUUAUGAUUCAGAUUUUUAUAUAUAUGGGACAUUAUACAUACCAUUUGAUACAUUAGAUACUUAUGUAGUUAAAAGUUCAACUGGAAAUUGUUAUGUGAAACGCUGCAAGAUUUAUAAAGUAGAAAAUUUACUUAAAUCUUUUAAAGGAUUGGAUCAAUCAAUGUUACCAUUGGCUGCAAUAUUAUUAGGCAAUGAUUAUGUAAAACGAAAUACUUUUAAAAACUUUUUUCGUCACUUGAAAUUAAGAGGUGCAUCAAGAAAAAAACAUAAUCAUAGACAGUGUCGCAUAGAAACAAUUUUAGCUUGGUUAAGCAAAUAUACUUUGAACAAAGCUAUCAUUGAAAUUUUAAGUAGAUUAACUAAAACUAUACGACAAAGAAUAUUAAAUUUAAUAGAGAUUAACAUAAAUGGUUAUACAAAUGUAUCUGCUGAAAUACUUGUACCUCUAGGUUUUCCGAAAGAUUAUAUUAUUCAUACUAAUAUUCAUUAUUUGAACAAAACUUUUAAAUUUGAUGGAGAUGUUAAUACAUUAACAUACAUAGAAGAAAUUUGUGAAGAAGAAGAUAAUGAAACAAGUGAAGAAGAAAAUGAAGAAGAAAAUGAAGAAGAAAAUGAAAUUGAAAUAAUAAAUACACUUAGUGAAUCUGAAUUAAAAAAAAAAGCUAUUAGUAAUUUGCCAGAAUGGUUUAUAAAUGAAUUUCUUAUGGCUAGACUUCCAACAUAUUUUAUAGAUUUAAUAAUUAGACAUUUAUAUAUUUGUUCUGUACAAAUAGAAGAUUAUCGUUAUCCUCCCAGUAUUUUAGCAAGUUCAAAAAUUCUUAGUGUAAUAUUUGGAAUUCUAAAAUCAGGAAUGAACAAUAAAAUAUGUUAUAUGAGAUAUAUGACAAGAAAUCAAAAUAAAAUUAUGAACUAUAACUUGCAGAGCACAAAGAUCACAUGUCAUAAAUUAUAUGGCACAGAAACUUUAGAUGUUUAUAAACUUCCUUCUUUAUUCAAUCUUAGAGAAAUUUCUUUAGUUAUUCAAAAAGAGAUUUUAGAUAAUACUCUAGGAAUCACAAAUAUGGAUUGUAUAUAUGAACUUCCAUCAGAAUGGAUGUUAUAUGUUGGAUGUAUAAAAUAUUGGAUGCAACAACAAGAUCAUUCUAUAUCUUAUAAAUGUUACUUAUAUUCUAUAUUUAUUUCUAUGUUGUUUAAUAUAAUAGAUUCUAAAAUUGGAAGACAUAGAGUUAUGUACACUUUUCAAAAUAAAUAUAGUCAAAUAAUUGCAAAUAUAAAACAAAAAAGAAAAGAAAAUAAUUUUAAGCCAAACAAUAUAAUGAAUGAUUCAAUUAUUAAAGCUUAUAAUGAAAUUGACUAUGAUGAUUGUAUAUUAGCAGCAUCAUUUUUUAUUACUCAUUUUAAUAUGGACAAAAAAUUAUAUACAAAUCCAAAAAAGUAUAAUAGAGCUACAGUACACAUAUUUGCAGAAUUUCAGAAUUGUUUAAAACAUACUAUGAAUUUAAAUGCACUUUUGGGAUAUCCUUAUCCACAAAUUAAAGUAGCAAAUUUAUUUAAUGGUACUUUAUUAUAUAAUUUGAGUAAUAAUUUUAGAAUACGCAAUGACAUUGAAGGAUAUAUAAAUGCUGUUCUUCAAAUAUCUCCAAGUCUUUUGAGAUUAUUUAAUAUGUUUUUAUUAAAAAUUAAACCAAUGUUUCCAUCUAUGCUUCAGAAUAAAAUCAAUUUGGUUAAAAAACAAAGAAUAAAAUCAAAACAUUCAAAAUCUGAUAAAAACAUUUCAGCUGAAAGUGAUUCUGAAUAUUUUACAGCUGAUGAUGAUUUAUAUGAAUCAUGUUAUGAUCCAAAUAAUCGUUUUUCUAUGCUUAAUCAUUCAUUAUGAUAUCCAUUUAAUAUUCCGAUUGCGGAAUCUUAUUGUGUAUUUAGAAGUCAAGUAUUUAGAAAGAGAUUCUUAAGCAUUUCUAUUUUCUUUUUUUUUGUUCUAUAAUCUUUAAAUAAGUUUGAUAUUAAAUUAAACAUUAUUGAAUGAAAAUGUGAAAUUACAGUAAUUAAUCAGCAACCAAAUGGUUAUCUUACUUAUAUUUAUUAUGACUCACCUUAUAAAAUUAGAUCUAAUCAGAUAUAUUAUCGCGUUCGAAUAAUAGUUAUAAUAGUUAUAAGUAAUUUUUUUUUCGAUAUAUUUCUUAUGAAUUGCAUAUUUUUAUAUAUUGUAUAAUUAGAAAUAUAAAAUAUUUCAGCAUCAUGGUUGUAAAAUUACAAAUGUCACGAUGAAUUGUUUAUUUGUAACUACUAUAAUGAAAAUUUAAUACUUCAAGAAAACAAAA